AUGCCGGUGAAGAACCGGUACAACCUGGUGGACGAUGGCUGCGACUCACGCGUCCCGCUGCCCAACGAAGAGGCCUUCCAGCACGGCAUCCACUUCCAGGCCAAGUACAUCGGUAGCUUGGACGUACCCAGGCCCAACAGCCGCGUGGAGAUUGUGGCAGCCAUGAGAAGGAUUCGGUAUGAAUUCAAAGCCAAGAACAUUAAGAAGAAGAAAGUGAGCAUCAUUGUGUCCGUGGACGGGGUGAAGGUGAUACUGCGCAAGAAGCAGAAGAGAAAGGAGUGGACCUGGGAUGAGAGUAAGAUGGUGGUGAUGCACGAUCCGGUGUACAGAAUCUUCUAUGUGUCUCACGACUCACAAGACCUGAAAAUAUUUAGUUACAUCGCAAGGGACGGCGCUAACAACUCCUUCAGGUGCAACGUCUUCAAAUCCAAGAAGAAGAGCCAGGCGAUGCGGGUGGUGCGCACGGUGGGGCAGGCCUUCGAGGUGUGCCACAAGCUGAGCCUGCAGCACGCCCUGCAGAACGCCGACGGGCAGGCGGACGGCGCCAGCGACAAGUCGGCCGAGGAGCAGCCGCUGGAAGUUCACCAGAUAAAGGGCUCCAAGAUCACGGAUGCAGACGAGGUUGGCAUCGACUCUGAUGGCUUCUGUGUGGCCGAGAGGGGACCCGGAGAGCUGCCUGCUGCCAGGGGGGACCUCAGCAUGCUGAAACCUGGGCAAGCCUCAAAGGAUAAGAACUGCCAGGUGCUGGAGCUGCCCCAACAGGGGAGGGCAGGGGGCAGGAAAGGCAGCGGCCACGGGCCGGCUCCCAGCAGGGCACGCUGCGAGGGGAACCGUCCUAAAACACCCCCGCUGCCAGGGUGGGAGGCUGCCCGCCGGGGGGAUGCGCUGCCCGGCUCUGGGCUGCGUGCCGAGCCCCCCGGUGCUACGGAGGGCCAGGAUGCCGAGAACUGCUCCCUCCACCUGGGUGGCUCCCAGCAGCUGCUCAGCCCCAGCAGCCCCUGCUCCUCGGCCUCCAUCACCCCGCUGGCCUCCCAGCACUGCCUCCAGCUGCUCCAGCAGCAGCUCCUCCAGCAGCAGCAGCAGACGCAGGUGGCCGUGGCCCAGGUGCAGCUGCUGAAGGACCAACUGGCGGCCGAAACGGCGGCACGGAUCGAAGCGCAGGCCCGCGUACGGCAGCUCCUGUUGACCAACCGUGACCUGCUGCAGCACGUCUCCUUGCUGGUGCGGCAGCUGACGGUGCUGGAAGCCCGGGAGCAACACCGGCAGCCGGUUGACCGCUCCUUGCAAAACCUGUCCCUAGCUCAGUCCCUCUCCCUGAACCUGAAGAACCACUACAGCUUGGACAUCCACCUCCCGUCCACCUCCACCCCCGCCAGCAUCCUGGGCAGCCCGGUGGCCCCCGGCUCGCUGCCAGCCCUGGGCCCCGGGGACUCCUACCUCAACCUCAUCAGCCUGGAGAGAGGCGGCCACCGCUACGGCAGCAAGGAGGGUGACGAGUGCCUGGCUGUGCUGGAGGGGCAGGACGGGCUCAGCCGGCGCGUGGAGGGCUCGGAGGUCAGCGAGUUCACUCUGCUCAACGGGAGCAGCCGGCAGAAGGUGGACGACACGGACAGAGGGGACGAGGACAGGCGGCAGCAGCCCAUUCCCAAGCUCAACCCGCCACCACCCAUCCUACGCAAAAGGUCAAGCAAGACCUCGCCAAGCCUGGAAGUGGAGGCGAAGCCCGAGAGCGCUGCCCACGUGAGCUUGCCCAGCCCCAGCAUCUCCAGCCUCACCAGCAUCGCUGCCAGCUCGCUCACCCUCUUGGACCCUGAGGCAAGGACUGCCGCGCGGAGCGCUGCCUCCGGCACAGAGCCUAUCCCUGCUGGGACCUGCCAGCGCGCUCUGGGCAAGGACAGGACUGGAGAGAGUGGGCAGAUGUCCCCCCUGGCCAGCAUCCAUGACCCUGCAGCCAGUGAGCUCCUGGCCAAGGACUUGGCCACCCUGGCCAGCCCCAUGGACAGCACGCUGCCCUUCUCCCCUGCGGAUGACACCUGCUUGCACAUCAGCUUCUCAGAAGAUGAGCUGCUUGAACCAGAGCUGGACACUACCGUGGGGCCCAGCAGGGUCCCCUCUUAGUGGGACUGCAGUAGGUGGCAGCCAGCUGGCAGGCAGCCCCAGCAGCUC